AUGAAAGAGUCCUUAUGGGCUAAAUGGAUCAUAAAAAACAAGUUGAAGAUGUUGAGUUUUUGGGGCAUUACUAAGCCUUUGAUAGCUAGCUGGAGUUGGAGGAAUCUGUGCAAAAUUAGACAGGAUAUAAAAGGCUGCUUUUCUUGUGAACUUGGCAGGGGUGACUUGUCUUUCUGGUUUGAUCCUUGGUUUCAAGGAAAAGCUAUUAUUGAUCAAUUCCCUAGUAUGUCCUUCAUUGAUGAUGAUGUUCCUAGGGAGGCUAAAGUUAGAGAUGUGUGGAGAAGAGGUGCUUGGAGACUUCCUGAUCCUGGUGAUGAUAUGACAGAGAGUGUGUGGGACACUAUCAAAACUCAGUUCAGGAUUAAUGAUGAUAGAGAGGAUACUGUGAAGUGGAUUCUAAACAGGGAUGGUGCCUUUACUAUCAGCUCAGCUUGGAAGCACUUCAGGGUGAAUCAUGAGAAAGUCCCCUGGUGGAAGGUUAUUUGGAGCCCUAGUUUUGUCCCUAUACAAAGCUUUAUUGCCUGGUUAGCAGUCAGGAAGAAGCUGAAAACCAGAGACAAGUUGAAAAAGUUGGCUUGUGUUGAGGAAGAUAGAUGUGUCCUUUGCAAUGAAGAAAGUGAAUCCAUUGAGCAUUUGUUCUUCAACUGUAAGUGCACAAAAGCUGUUAUGAACAAACUACUGAACAAUUGCAAUAUUCAUAGAAAAGUUGGUAGUUGGAGGAGGGAGUGGUCCUGGUUCAUUGAAAAGACUAGAGAAAAACGCUUGCUAGCAAGAGUGAGAAGGAUCGCCUUCAUAGCUGCAAUUUAUCAUAUCUGGAGGGCCAGAAACAAGGUGAUUUUUAAAAAAGUUGCUGUUAUAGAUGUGGAGAUUUUGAGAAUGAUUAGGAAGGAUGUGAUGCUAAAUCUUUAUGGAAGACAUUCAAAUACUAGCUUAUUUGUUUAG